UACGACGCGUGGGCUUCCUUUCAUCACGAAUAGUGUUAAUAGACACAUAUAGACUUUUAGAACUGCUUUAAUUUACUAUUGAUACAUUGCAAAAUUUUCAAAUAUAAAGUGUAAAUCAUUUCGCCUCGAAUUAUACUUCAAUUGAAAAUUGGAUAGUUAAAGUGACUUGUUCAUUGGUGUUUUAUAUAUUUGGAUCAUGAUACUUUUAUAUUUUUUUCGGAAGAAAAGUCAAAAUCGGUCUAUUUUAAAUAAUUUGCCCACAAGACGUAAAAACAAUGUUGUUCUUCUCACCCGAUUUAUAUUACCAUCGGAUUACAGAUUAUCAGUCAUAGAAGACUGAUAAUUUUCAAAAAAGUAAUUAUAGUUCUGUAACGAUGGCAGCUGACGAAAAAUAUAAUGCUUGUCGUUAUUAUGACAAUAGGGAUGACAGCCAAGAAGCAGAUAUCAAUCAAACCAAGCUCCUUCGAUCGACGGCAGUACAAACUAUAGAAUAUCUUUAUAGUAACACCAACGAGAAGUGUCGCAUGGCACGAACUGUUUCAAAAAUCAACCAAGAAGAACAAAAUAAAGAUUUUGUUUCAAUAUCCUCAAAAAAAAAUAGGAUAUUAAAAAAAAUUCAUGAAGUUUUUAAGAAGACAUCAAAAGUUACCUUGAGUGUUGUAAUUUUUAUUCUUAUUAUAUUAUCUGCCCUACUUUUGAAAGGCUUAAAUAAUAAACCAACUAUUUAUAGCACCUGUCAAAGUGAUGAAUGUUUGAUAUCAGCUACAACAAUAAUGCAAUCAAUGAACUCGGCCGUUGACCCUUGUGACGACUUUUACGAAUUUGCGUGUGGCAACUGGCAAGAUCGUUAUCUUUCAGUAUCUGGCCAAACAAACUCAUGGUUUAUCGAAAGAACCCGAUACAUUUCCAUUAUUAUCACAAAAAUUUUGGAAGAAAUUAAUCAAGAAAAUGAUUUGAGAUCAAUAAAACAAGCCAGAUUAUUGUAUAAAACAUGUCUUAAUACAGAUUUGUUGAAUAAAGUUGGUUACAAGCCCAUUUACAAAAUACUAAAGAAACUUGAACUUCCUCAGACAUUUCCAGAUUUUUCGACUGCUACUAGUGAUAAUGGAACAUCUUUUAAUAUCGCUAGAACAUUAGGACUAGCUCAACGAUAUUUAAGUGCUGAUAUUUUAAUUCAAAUUUCCCUAGAGCCAGAUCCAUCAGAAAAGCUUUCCACUUUAUACCUAGGACCUGCUAAUGGAGCUAGCACACCACUACCUGAUGAACUACUAGUUGAUUACAAAAAACAAUGGCCAUCAGCAAUGGCUACUGAUCUAUCGGCUCGUGCAAUUCUUUUGUUAAAAGUUAAAUAUAUGGUAUCAGUUAUCUCAGAACUUGUUGGGGAUAGUAACAGUAAUACAACAUCAAUGGCUGUAACAGUGUUAAAAAUUCUAGUUUUAGAAUCUAAACUCAAAAGAGAACAGAGUCAACAGAGUACAUUAACGAAAUUUAAGUUGUCAGAUCUAAAAGACUAUAUGAUAUCUAAUUCUUCAGAUAUUCUAGAAGAAAAUACAUUUGAUUGGAUGUCAUACAUUCAAGCAAUAACAGAAGGAAUCAAUAAAACCCUAUCAAUGAACGACAUUGUAUAUGUUCGUGAUCCAAAUUAUUUUUUGGUUCUUCAAUCUUUAAUGGCAAACGAGGCACUCGAAGAGUUUCAGCAAUUAAUUUGGUGGAAAAUAAUAGAAAUAUUAGUUCCACAUACAACGAAUACAAUGAGAUCAUUGAAAAAUUCUUUUAUUGAUUCAAUAUUUCAAACAGACAGACAACCUACUAGAUCGACUACAUGUACAGAGGUUACCAAAACAUUUUUCAAUCUACCUAUUGCUUAUAAAUUUUAUACUCGAGAUGAUAUGCAAGAAUCAACGACUAAAGUUCGUAAAAUGCUUGAACAGUUACAAAGAUCAUUUAAAAACAUGAUUAAGGCAUCAAAUUGGACGGAUUACGCUACUAAAAUAGUUAUAUCUAAAAAAGUAGAUGCUAUCAAAGCUGAAAUAGGGUAUCCAGAAAUAUUUAAAUCACCAUCAAAACUUAAUAUGCUAUAUGAUCACAUUGAUAUUCAAGAAGACCAGUAUCUCCAAAGUAUGCUAAACAUCAAAUCUUUUGAGGUAGGAAAAAUUUUGGAAGCUAUUGGAAAACCAAUUAACAAUAGUGAAAUACAUUCAUCACUAACGGAACCUUUGGAGGUUAAUGCAUUUUAUAGCAGACUUUAUAAUUCCAUCACUAUUCCAGCUGGAAUUUUACAAAUGCCAUUUUAUUACAAAGGAGUAGAUGUAAUUAAUUAUGGAGCGAUUGGUUCAAUUUUAGGACAUGAAAUGACUCACGGAUUUGAUAUUGAAGGUAAAAAUUACGAUAUUAAUGGUAAAAAAACUAUGUGGUGGGGUCAGCAAACAUUUAGAGAAUAUCUCAAAAGAGCACAAUGUUUUAUAAAAGAAUAUGACAAAUUUUCUAUAUCUAAAGAUAUUCGGCUCAAUGGUUCACAAACACUAGCUGAAAAUAUGGCAGAUACAAUUGGUUUAAAGCAAGCAUGGUUAGCAUACAAGAUUUUUCAAUCAGAAAAUAAAGAAAGACUUCCUGGGCUUAAGGGAUUUACUAAUGAUCAACAGUUUUUUUUAGCGUAUGCUAAUGUUUGGUGUCAUAAAACUAACGCUAAAUAUUAUGAGUUACAAGUUCACGAUGAUCAUAGUCCAAAUAACAUCCGUGUGAUCGGAUCAUUAAGAAACAAUCCAGAUUUUUCAGCUGUAUGGAAAUGCCCAUCCGACAGUCCUAUGAAUCCGUCCAAAAAAUGCGUUAUGUGGUAAAAGUCGAUUUUUAUAUGAUUGAUAUGUUAAGUCCUGACAAGUAAGUAUCUUAAAGGUUGUAAUUGAGAGGAUGAAAAAGUCUAUAUAGCUUUGUGUAACUAAAUCGAAAAGCGAUACUUGCUGAAUGGUAAUAACUAUCUGUUAUAAUUAUUUUAUAAAAAAUAUUAAUAAAUAUUUUUAAUAAAUAGUAUUUUUAUUAUUACAUUUGUGAAUAUAUCAUAUUGUUGUAAUCCAGUAGAAA